AUGGUGGUUCCAAACAACCAGGUUCAUUAUGCUCCAUGCCAGGCCCCUGUUUUAUCUGAACCUCCCCCAGAUUCUAUGGUUCAAUAUCCCGUAAAUUAUCAAGUUCCCAAUCCAUAUAUGAUGCCCCUAAGCAACUUAUCUCCCUAUCAUGUUGAACAACAAUAUGUUCCUGUUAAUCGUGUCCCCAUGUAUGUUUAUCACCAGGCACAAAUGUAUUCAGUACCUCCUCCUAGCCAUCCAAGUCUUCAAUACUAUCCUAGUCAGCCUGCUCCACCGAAUGGUCCUCAUAGUGGUCACCAUAGUUAUCCAUACUAUCAAGAAGAUGGAAGUGUUUAUUAUCCACCUCAGCAUCCAUCUAUAGCUGCCCAUCAUGUAUCUCCUAGUUACCCAUCUCAUAUGUUUCAACAAUAUCCAUCCAAUCCCAUGAAUGGGUAUGUCCCUGCUCCACAACAACAAAUGAAAGCAGAUCCCCCUGUAACACAGGAAAAGAAAGAGAAGAAGAAGGAUGACAGUUGGAAUAAGGCUGUAGCUGUUAUGGAAAGAGAAAGAAUUAUUCGAGAGAAAAUUGGUCUUCUCAUCAACGGCCGAUAUCGAGUUGUUCAAAAAAUUAAUGUUGGAAGCUAUGGAGCCAUUUACACUGCUUUGAUCCUCAGUGAUCCAGGACAAGGUCUUGUCGCUGUCAAGUUUGAGACUGCGUCUGUGGAAGAUUCCCAUUUGCAUUAUGAGCAUGAAGUGUACAAGGUCUGUCAUGAUGGUCCUCGAUCGAAGAAAUGUAAAGUAACGGAGGGCUUUGCUAAAGUGCACUGGAUCGGAGAAGAAUACCGUCAUAAAAUAAUGGUUAUGGAACUACUAGGUCCUUCGCUAGAAAACCUUUUCACUUACUGCUCUUCUAGAUUCAAGAAAGAAACAAUUUAUGAAUUGGGAAUGCAGAUGAUUGCUCGUGUCGAGCAUUUACAUAAUAGAGGAUUCGUUCAUCGUGAUUUGAAACCAGAGAACUUUUUGAUGGGACUAGGGUCGAAUGAAAACACUUGUUAUCUCAUAGAUUUUGGGUUGGCUCGACGUUAUAGAGAGGGGCAUGAUCUAUCUCAUGUACCUUUUAGAAAAGGAAGAAACUUAGUGGGUACUGCUAAGUACGCUAGUCUUCGUAGCCAUUACGGAUUAGAACUAUCGAGGAGAGACGAUUUAGAAUCGCUAGGAUAUAUACUUCUCGAGUUUAUGAUUGGAGAACUACCAUGGAAGGAACCUAGAAAUCGUGCUCGUUUCCGUAGCAAACAGCAAAGUUAUAAUAGGAUUAUGGUUGGAAAAGAGCAGAUGAAUUGGAAAACGGCCUGUCCACCAUUAGAGAAAUGGAUUACAUAUGCGAGAGGAAUGAAUUUCACAGAGAAGCCUGAUUACAAUUUGCUGCGGAAUAUUCUACGCUCUUACCUUAUGAAACCAGACGAAGUCUAUCUUGAAGAGCUCUUCGAUAAUUUUACUUUAGAGAGGAGAGAGCCGCGAAAUAUGGCUUUAUUAGCCGAAGAGCCUAUUGCUAAGGACGAUGAGACAAGAGUGUUUGAAGCUCUCGAAGAGCUGCCAGUUGAACUUGUUGAAAGAGUUAGAAACGAAAGAUUUGAAUGGAUUGAACGUCGAGACAGCUCGGCUUCUGAACGAUAUACCUAUGAAUGUUUGUUCCGAUGGACUCUUCCGUAUGGAAAAGUUCCCAUCCUCCCUCCCAAUUACAUUUCCUCCAUGCGUUUCGGGUACGGAAUCGGAGAAGGGGGUUUCGCUUAA